AUGGGGCGCGAAGAACAAGUCGAGGAGCGCGAGGUGCUCGAAUCCAUCUUUCCAGAUGAGAUCACCGACAUCUCAGAGACAGAGUUCAGAAUACAGAUCGCCCUCGACAUCCCCGGCGAAGAGGAAGACCCCCCGACAAUGUUUCUCCAGGUCCGUUAUCCAGAUGCCUACCCCGAUGAGCCACCCACUCUCGAUCUGCAAUCCGUACGUGACGCUGCGCCUUACGAGUGGUUCAGCGUCGCGGAUGACAAGGGGCGGCUCCUCAAGGGCAUCGAGGAGACAAUACAGGAGAACAUCGGCAUGGCCAUGGUAUUCUCCCUCGUUUCGGCUCUUAAAGAGGCCGCGGAGGUGCUCGUCGAAGAGCGCAAGCAGGAGAAGGAGAAGGAAAAGGAGGAGCGGGCCCUGGCCGCUGAGCGCGAGGAGAACAAAAAGUUCCACGGAACACCCGUGACACCCGAAACGUUCUUAAAAUGGCGCGCAGAUUUCAUCAAGGAGAUGAAGGAGUUGAAAGAGAAGGAGGAGGAGGAGCGCCUCGCCGAGCUGAAGAAGGCCAAGGUUAAGGAGCCUGUCAAGUUGACGGGGAGGCAGCUGUGGGAGCGUGGCCUUGCUGGCAAGACUGAUUUUGAUGAGGAGGAAGAAGGCGGUCUGGCGGAGGGUGUCGAGAAGCUCAAGGUCGAGGCAGUAUAG